AUGGAACCUAUUCUUGUCGACAGUCUUACGACAGAGCGCCUCCGUCUGCGCGACUUCACCCCAAACGAUAACAUACACAUCCACUCCUUAGAGUCCCUACCCGAAGUUGUUGAAUAUCAGCUCUAUGAACCCAUGACAGCAGCCGAUGCAGCAAAAUACGUGGAAAGAGCUCUCGCUAGUCUACAUGCUGAUCCACGCAUGGUGUUGGAGAAGAUUGUCGAGCUGAAGGACUCGCAGGAGUUCAUUGGUCGUGUAGGCAUGAGCAUCAAUCAUGAGAAGCUGCACGGGAACCUGUGGUUCUCGUUCUUGCCGGCGGCACAGGGGCACGGGUACGCCGCAGAGGCCGUACAGGGCGUACUUUCGCUAGUUCCAAAGUUGAAAAGCCUGGGGAUCGAAUGUGAUCCAAGGAAUGCGGGAUCCAGAAAAUUGGCAACAAAGCUAGGCUUUAAAGAGGAGAGGUUAGAAGAGAAGGCGUUUAAGUCGAAAGGCCAGUGGGUAGGCUCAGUUGAGUAUGAGAAGCGGUUAUAA